CGCUGGGUCGUGGUGCGCUGCGCGCCGGCGCCGCCGCAGUGUGCGCACGGCGGUGAAAGGUGCCAUGUCGCGGAUUACAGCCAACUCGCGAACCAUGGCCGGCGUGCCUUACAUGCGAAUAUUCGUUAUUUGUGCCAUUAUCGUCAGCGUGAGCUGCCAACAAAAGGACAAGGAGGGGGAACAGUUCGUUUGUCCCGAAGGAACGACGGGCAACGGCAAUUUUGCGGAUCCCGCUACAUGCAGACGGUUCUACCAAUGCGUAGACGGGUACCCCUACCUAAAUAGAUGUCCGUCCGGACUCUACUUUGAUGACAUUAGCAAGUUUUGUACCUUCAAAGCUGAGGCGAGAUGUGGCCCCAUUGCCACGACCCCGGCACCAAUAACGGAAGCGCCAACCGACCUGGCGACCAAAUGCGAGCCUUCAGAGUGCGCGCUGCCGUACUGCUUCUGCUCCAAGGAUGGAACCCUCAUCCCUGGCGGCCUAGACCCAGAAGAUACUCCACAAAUGAUCAUGCUAACUUUCGACGGCGCCGUCAACCUGAACAACUUCGAGUUGUACAAGAAAGUUUUCAACGGCAAGAUAAAGAAUCCCAACGGAUGUCCCAUACGAGGCACUUACUUCUUAUCACACGAGUACAGUAACUACGCCAUGGUGCAAGCGUUGGCGCAUUACGGACAUGAGAUAGCCACAGGUACGGUGUCCCAGCAGCAAGGUCUGCAAGACAAGGGCUAUGAGGAGUGGGCGGGAGAGAUGAUCGGCAUGAGGGAGAUCCUCAGGAAGUUCGCCAACAUCUCACGCACUGAGAUUACCGGCGCCCGCGCACCUUUCCUAAAACCUGGCAGAAACACGCAGUUUAAGGUGCUGGAAGAUUUCGGCUACAUCUACGACAGUUCAGUGGGCGUGCCUCCGCUGCCGAUCCCGGUGUGGCCUUACACGUUGGACUACAAGAUUGCCCACGAGUGCAAGUCUGGAACCUGCCCCACACAGUCCUUCCCUGGUUUGUGGGAGGUGCCGUUCAACGCCCAUUACGUUGAGAGCUACGAGGGCGGACACUGCCCGUACUUGGACCAGUGUGUCUUACACAACCACGACGAGGAAGAUGUCCUAGAAUGGCUGAAGGAAGAUUUCCUGCGUUACUACGACCAGAACCGCGCUCCGUACAUGAUGCCGUUCCACACCAACUGGUUCCAGAUCAAGGCCCUCGAGCGAGGGCUGCACAAGUUCUUGCACUGGGCAGCCACUCUUGACGACGUAUGGUUCGUGACAGUGACUCAAGCACUCACAUGGAUAACAGACCCUAAAUCAGUGAAGACAUUAAACAACUACGAACCAUGGAAGUGUGACAAGAAGGACCUACCUCUGGCACCGUGCAACCUACCCAACAAGUGUGCCUUGUCCUUCAAGAAUCCCGGUACUAACUUCACCGACACGCGUUAUAUGGAGACUUGCAGUGAAUGCCCUAACCAGUACCCAUGGCUGGGCGAUUCUGGCGGAACGGGUAUCGCUGGCAAAGACAGCUACUUCCCAGAUAAUCUCAAGAGGAAGUAGAUAUUUAUCUCAUACAUUACCGUAAUCUAUUCAGCAUAUCCGAGGAAGCGUACGCGAGCGAUUUAAAAAGUCAUGAAAGGAAUAAUAUAAAAGUUUAUUUAUCCUAAUACCUCUUUGUUCGGUAUUUAUUUGUCGGUUAAAAUUGAAUAGGGCUGUAGGUAUUAUUAUGUUGUUUAACUUCUCAUUAAUGUAAGGUGACUUCGGCACAUAGAGGAUUAACAUUUGCAACUCAAUACGUUAAUGACGUCAUUAUAAUUGUACAACAUCAAACGCAUCGUAAUUACGGCGUCAAAUCACUUGUAAUACGUAUUACUUGCUAAGUAACAAUUUGUACUGAUAUCCUGAAUAGAUUAUACGUUUACAACUGUAUAUACUGAUUUGUAUGUAGUUUAAGUUGGAGGUGACUUCCUAGUCGCAGAUACAUAAUGAAAUUAUUGUGUACUAGAAUUAAGAUUUUGUUACAAAUAAAUAAAAAAAUAUAUAAAAUCUG